GCUCAACAGAAAAGAUUGAAUGGAUCGGCUUUAAAAGCAAAGUUUGUUUUGCUCUAAGUUAUGCACGUGAAAUUGGUCGUGUUGUGAAACAGACAGGAAAGCCUAUAUAUCCCACACUGAUUCGUAAGGUGAAGUUAAGAAAAAAAAUAUGUCAUUGAACACAAAAUUAGCUUUGCCUAUUGCUUUGGGCUUGUCCCUAGUGACUGUAACAGCAUUUGUGGCCUACUACGUCCUCAAAAAAGAUGAAGAAGAAAACGAUAACAAGACAGUCAAGAUUACUAAAAUAAAUACAAUUGAAAUUCAUGUUCCUAAAAGUAUUGUUCCAGCUCUGAUUGGUCGCAAUGGCUCCAACAUUAAGGACCUUCAGAAGAAAUCUGGUGCGCAGAUCCAUUUCAAAAAGUUCACCGACCAGGACUAUGACGUGUGUGUAGUCAGAGGACGAGCUGACACUACUCAGCUGGCUGAAACUUUAAUACAUGACUUUAUCAAGCAACAGCCAACAAUUAUGUCAGAAAGCAUUACUGUGCCAAGCUGGUCUUGUGGGAGAAUAAUUGGAUCUGGAGGUGAGAACGUCAAUGAUAUUAGCCAUCGCAGUGGCGCUCGCGUCAAGGUCGAAAGUCCUAAAAGUACAGAUAAAGUUGCUGAGCAUCUAGUGACAUUCCGUGGUACCAAGGAACAGAUUGAAGUCGCCAAGAAACUUGUCGAGAACUGCAUAUCUUUAGAGCGGUGUAGACGGGAGAUAGAGCAGUCGAAGCGUCCGCCCCGGCACAGCUCGUCGCCCCCCUCCCCCUGCCCCUCGCCCGGCGACCGCGACGCGGACGCGGACGCACAAGGUGACGUCACGCACACGCGUGUCAAGUAUAAACGGCCUGAGACAACGGGACCCAGUAUCGAAGUGUACGUGUCGGCGGUUUCAUCUCCUUCCCGUUUCUGGGUGCAGUUCGUAGGGCCUCAGGUCGCUCAGCUUGACGACCUAGUCGCUCACAUGACCGAGUAUUACUCUAAGAAGGAGAACAGAGAAGCGCAUACCUUACGCCACGUGUCCGUUGGGCAAGUGGUGGCGGCGGUGUUCCGACACGACGGCCGCUGGUACCGGGCAAGGGUGCACGACAUAAGGCCUAACGAGUUCGAUUCAUCGCAACAGGUAGCCGACGUGUUCUACCUGGACUACGGCGACAGCGAGUACGUGGCCACGCACGAGCUGUGCGAGUUAAGAGCGGACCUAUUGAGACUGCGGUUCCAGGCCAUGGAGUGCUUCCUGGCUGGCGUCCGGCCCGCCAGCGGCGAGGAGGCCGUGUCUCCGUCUGGCCAGCGCUGGGACAAGUGGCAUCCACAGGCCGUCGAGAGGUUCGAAGAACUUACCCAGGUAGCGAGGUGGAAGGCCCUGGUCUCCCGGACCUGCACGUACAAGAAGACGGCGACCGCUGAAGGAGAGAAGGACAAGGAGAUACCUGGGAUCAAACUGUUCGAUGUUACUGAUGAGGGCGAGCUGGACGUGGGCGCGGUGCUGGUGGCGGAGGGGUGGGCGGUGGCGGGCCCCGCCCCCUCCCCGCGCCCCUCGCCCCCGCGCGGACACACCACGCCCUUCGGAGACCUCAGCAAGUCCAAAGUACUCAGUAUGACCGGCGGUGGUGGACGAUCAUCGUCCGUUCCAAAGGAUCACAAAGACGAUGGCAGCAAUGUGCUCACCGUUGAAGGCGAUGACUCCAAAGACAAAGACGGAAUAACAGCAUCGAAAUCACUAGCCUCCGGUCUCGAGAAGUCUGACCGCCACCCGUUAUCGAUAUCGAACUUCGAUCUAUCGUAUCCCGACCCAUCGAGGAACAAACAACUAAACGGCUCCGAUGAUUUCUUACACGGCGAACGGCAAAAUAUCGAUAACGAGACCUCUAUCGAUACAUUAGUUCCGCCGUCUCCCGUCUCUAACGUUCCGAUACUGUCGAAAACGCUUCAAGACGAAUUCAAGGCCAACAUGAACCGAAUAGAUUCGCACCACAGUAAUCUCGAAAACCUCGGUAAGUCCGCUUUUGAAAAGUGAACCUUAACUCCGAUGUAUUACGUUAGUUUAUUGUAUGACUCGAAUUUAUGUAAACGUCUUAUGAGGCAUAAUACUGAAAUUGUAGUCGAUGUAUUUUCUGAUCCUUUUUCACGUAGUUUUCAUACAAUAAUAUACGUAUUGGAAGCGAGUACAGAUAAACAAGAAGUCUGAAUAGUUAUUAAAUGAAAAUAAUCAUUUUUUCUAAAACAUUAUUAUUGUUAGUAGUUUUUUUUUGUAUCUAUAUCAU